CUUCAAGAACGAGCACGCUCCUCUUACACUAGUUCGCAUUAGCAUGGGACGAAGCCCCCAUGUUCCGCAAUCCUCGUCAAAACUCCACGCUCCCCUCAACCUCCAAAGCGACGCCGUCGGUCGGUCGUCCGCCUUCGCCUUCGCUACACCACCACCGUCCACCUCCAGCAUCUCCCCCCACAGCACCAAUGGCCGCCAAAAACGCGACAAAAAAGCCGAAUGCUGUGAAAUCAGUUUCUACGCCUGCAAAAGUGCGACAGACUACUCUUACACCACGUAGUGGAGGGGCGGCCAAGAAAGCUGGAUUCAAUGGCGCGAGCGGGGGAAAGGGAAAGGUGAAGCCGAAUGGGAACAUCAUGGCGUUCUUCAAGAAAGCGGAGGAGAUCAAUACACGAUUGUUCGUUGAGGAGAGGGGCGGGAGGCGGAGUGAGGAUGAAGACGAGGAGGAUGAGGUGGACGUAGGGUGGGGAGAUGGGGAAGAAGAGGAGAUGAAGGCGGAGGAAGACGAGAAGAUAGAGAGAUAUAAUGAGAAUGGUGGCAGUAUCAAAAGGAGGAAAUUCGGUGAGGAUUGGGGCUGUACUCCGCCGCCACCAGACAUCGUCGAGGAUGACAAAGUGGUGAAGGUCUCUGGGGACGGUGAUGAAAAGCCGAGACGAGUCGGACCGUUCAUCCAAGAAUCUGAUUCGGAGGAUGAGGAUAUAGACAUGAUCAAACGAAUGGCGUCGAGACGAGCGAUUGAGAAGGGACCAUCGGGGGGAUCACGAUCUAAUAGUGAGUUGGACGCCGAAGAGAGUAAGAUGGACGAUUCUGAACGAUUUCCGAAGCCCGUUUUACUUAAAACUGAGUCCACGGACUACACUGCUGGUGGAGAUUUCGAAGAAUUUCAAGACUUUGAAGACGAAGACCUCCCAGAAGGCGAAGAAUACGAUGAGCGGAGAUGGAUAGAUGAGCAAAGAAGGCUGGAAGAAAUGGCAGACGGUUUCGAAGGCGAAGCGAGCUUGGAUGAAGGCACUUCCAUUUUUGAUCAAGUAUCUGAAGGGGUAGAAGAUGGCAUGAUCGUGGAGGAUUCCGAUGGACCUUCAUGUCCGUUAUGUUCUACAAGCUUAGCCGGGCUAUCAGACCAAGAUGCGUCCAUCCACGUCAAUAGCUGUCUUGAUGGCACUUCUACGCCUAUACUUCCGAGAAAAGCCCUAGAAAAUCCGGAGGGAGUCGACAAAAGCAAGCGUUUCAAACGUCCAGAACGCCCUCCGAAGCCUGGCCAAGAGAAUCCUUUCAAAAUUAGUACUACCGGUGCCCCGAAUUCUGCUUUCUCGAAACUCAUGUCUAGCCACGCCGAGGAUGCUGCUUGGGCAGCGGCUGCUGCUGCAGAUUCCGCCGCCAGAGGCAAGCCAGCCUAUCAACGAACCUGUCCAUUCUACAAGAUCUUACCGGGGAUGUUCAUAUGUGUUGAUGCUUUUCGAUAUGGUGCCGUCAAGGAUUGUCAGGCAUACUUCCUCAGUCAUUUCCAUAGUGAUCACUACAUUGGGCUCACGGCAUCCUGGAAUCAUGGGCCCAUAUAUUGCAGUCGAGUCACGGCAAAUCUUGUGCGACAGCAACUACGAGUAGACCCCAAAUGGAUAGUCGAUCUUGAAUUUGAGAAGAAGACCGAGGUGCCGGGCACUCAAGGCGUCCAGGUUACAAUGAUACCGGCGAAUCAUUGCCCUGGAAGCUCACUCUUUCUUUUCGAGAAGGUCGUUGGGAAGGGGACGAAUCCGAAGAUGCAACGAGUUCUGCAUUGCGGGGAUUUCAGAGCAUGUCGAGCCCACGUUGAACAUCCCCUUCUCCGACCAGAUGUCUUGGACGCCGUAGGAGGGAAGACGGGGCAACAGAAACUCGACGUUUGUUACUUGGAUACUACUUAUUUGAACCCGAAGUACGCAUUUCCGCCACAAGAAGAUGUGAUCAAAGCGUGCGCAGACAUGUGUGUUAGCAUGAGUAAAGAGCGCACAGAUGACACGGAUGGAUGGGAGAAGAUGAAACGGGAGCGAGCAGGCGAAGGCAUGGCCAAGUUUGUACGCAAGGAUUCUGAUAUCAAGACAGAGGACAGCCAAGACGAGGACUUGGAUCUCACAAAAGCGAUGAAAUUCCAAAAGGCGAAGACCAGAGGCCGUCUGCUUGUAAUCGUUGGAACUUAUAGCAUCGGCAAAGAACGAAUAUGCGUAGGCAUCGCUAAAGCUCUUAAAAGCAAGAUCUAUGCCCCAGCAGCAAAACUUCGAAUCUGCGAGGCCCUCGAAGACCCUGAGCUCAACGCUCUUCUAACGAAGAGCCCACAUGAAGCCCAGGUCCACAUGACACCUCUCUUCGAGAUCCGCGCUGAAACUCUGGAAGACUAUCUCGGUGGCUACCGCGAGCACUUCUCCCGCGCUGUCGGCUUCAGGCCAUCGGGCUGGAACUACAGACCCCCAAACAGUCGCUUCGUGGAAAGUCCGUCUGUGCAGACAGUCCUGCACUCGAAAAAUUGGAAAAGCACGUAUUCGAUGAAGGAGCUAGUGCCUCAACGCGGUAGCACAAAUCGUGCGAGUUGCUUUGGGGUGCCAUAUAGCGAGCAUAGUAGCUUCAGGGAACUAACAGCUUUCUGUUGUGCGUUGCGCAUCGACAAAAUCAUCCCCACGGUCAAUAUAGGAAAUGCGAAGACCAGGGAGAAGAUGAAGGGGUGGUGCGAGAGGUGGGCGGUGGAGAAGAGGAAGAAUGGGCUUUACAAGCUCGAGUCAGGCGAGGGAUCUCUUUGAUGAACGACCAAGCAUCAGCUUAUCAAUACAUAUGGGAUAUUCACCGUCGUGAUUGUUAGCCCUUCGGAGCUUUUUCAGAGGAUAUAUCAUUGUCUGAAAUCACGUGACUGGGCCGACCAUUGUGAUGGAUCAGAGUAAGUCAAAUUUGAAAUAACGAGCAGGAGGUUUAGCAGCAGUUCCGGACAGAGUCAUGGGCCUCUAGGUGAGUUAUAUCUUAAAAAA